AGUUUGUCCGCAGAGCAUCGAUGGCGGGGAAACAGGCAGGCUGCGAGUGUGUGGGUGUGUGGCGGACGCGAGGUCUCGACCCCUAGUUACUGCCCCGUCCGAACCUCACCUUAGCCUCGAGGUGCUGCGAAGUUUGCGCUUCUGUAUAGUUGCAACGCACUGCUGCUCUCUCCCGGUAAAUGCGGCUCUCAUUCACCGUCAACACCACCUUUGCCGUACCGUCACCAGCGCCCUAGUCGACCAGCGCGCCGGGAGCAUGGGGAGCCUGCACGCCGAGGACACUUCUAUCGUCAAUCCGCCAGGCGCAACGCCCGCGCUGCGAGGCAAGCUCAAGCAGAGACGAUCCAGGAAAGCCUGUCAGCACUGCCAUACACGCAAGAUCCGAUGCAAUGUGCUGGAGAGUGGCACGCCCUGCUCCAACUGCGUAGACGCUGGCACCAACUGUGUGAUCAGGCGCCGAAAGAAUCAACGGCGCGACAGCACUCCGCCGCACGAAGCGCAGCAGGCGGCUGUUCUGGAUCAGCAGUCGCAUAGUUGGAGAGUACCGACCCCGUCUGCAACGCCUUCAGCGACGAGCAUCCCAGCAACGUGGAUUCACAACACCACACUGGAUCGCCGACCCAGCGUGGCGAGGGUCCAUUCUGAUCAGAAUGGCUAUUCCGUACAGACGCGGUCGCAGUCUUCAGGCUCCCCGAACACUGGUGAUGGCCAACUAUGGCAGGAAUUGCAGCCCAGCAAUUUCGCGUGGGAUCCAAGCAUCGUCGAAGCGUCGUCCGCAAGCUGUGACUUUAGCCACUUGACUGACCUCGAUGACAUCUUCACUUUCACGGGCAACUCAUUCAUGCCUGCCAUUCCAACACCCGGACAGGACUUUCCGCUGCCACAGACUUAUCCUCCGCAGCAUCUCAGUCCCACGCCAAUGCUCCCAGCUCCCAAUGGAAUGGCACUCAAUGGCAACUCUCAUAUUCCUCCGCGCAGAGCAUCGACAGUGCAGAUUCCUGGACUCAAUCCUCGGGAUCAGGAAUAUCUGCGAGUGGAAGGGUGCUUCGAGCUACUGCCGCCUCACGUGCUGAAGCCGAUGAUGCGCAUGUACUUUCGCAUGGUGCAUCCCAAUCUGCCUAUAGUGGCUGAAGAUCAAUUCUGGGCACUAUGGAAUGGAGAUGAGUUCCGUGUUGGCGACUUUUCGUACCUAUUACUGAGGGCGAUGGUCUUCGCAGCCACUUCGUACACCGAACUGGAGACGUUGUCCAGCGUCGGCUUCGUCAGCAAACGCGAAGCAAGGAACACUCAUUACCGCCACGCCAAGCUCCUCUUCGACUUCGGCAUCGAACGCGACCCAGUGGCGAAUGCACAGGCGUGUUUGCUGCUAUCCUACAAUGCACCGAAUUACAACCUCCUCCGUCUGAACACGUAUUGGGUCACGAAUGCCAUACGAUUUGCCAAGAUUGUUCGCGCGGAUUCAUACUACCGCAUCAAAGACCCAGUUCGGGCAAGAUUACUCAAGAGAAUAUGGUGGGGUGUUAUAUUCCGAGAUCGCAUCCUCUCGCUGGGCCUGCGAAGAUCCAUACAAGUUCCGCUAAUCAACGACUGGGAGACCGACAAGCACAUUCUGACCGUGGACGACUUCCAGUCAGAACUCGGCUCUUCGCUAGUACACGAUACCGAGACUCAACUCCGCAUCUUCGAGAUGGUCGGCACGACAUGCCGUCUCAUGCAGUGCCUUACACAUGCGAGUCGCAUUCUAUACACUCACGAGCGCUUAGACGACCGUCUCGAAUUCGCUUCCCGAUCUCUACAAGCAUUAGUCACGGAUAUUCAGCGAGCCCUAGGUGCCCUCAGACACUGGCACGACCAAGCGAUUCGGACCUUCCCCUUCCCCAUCAGCCUGGACGACGCCCACGAGACGAUCUGUGUGUAUGCGAACAUGAUGUUCUCAUACCACGCAUCGGCGGUAUUUGGUCUCAACACCUAUCUCAUCCUAUUGCGAGAAGUUUUUCCGGCUUCACACUCGCUCUUCUCGAUCGAAGAAGCUCGGGAGGCCAUGGAAGUGGCGCACAACGACGUCUCCAGGCGGACGCAAGAGCUGGUGCAAGUCCGACUGGUCAAAUACCUCCCCAUCAGUGCUUCAGCUGUACUGGCUCUACCUUUAAUCCUUCAAGCCAUCAAUGUCGCAGCAGCACGCGGAUCAGGAAUGGAGGCAGUGGAAAUUCGCCGCUUGGACGUCUUCACUCGCACUUUGAAGUCACAACAACAGAACUUCGAUGGCUCUGAUUUCUGCGCAGAUGUGUUGGCGAAUAUCGUGGCUUACGCACAGGAUGAUGCGAAGUUUGUCAAUUCGAUGACAGCGUGGAGAGAUGAUCGGAAAGAUAUGAAUGGAAACGGUGGAAUGUCUGGAGCGCAAGGAGGAGCCAAGUUGAAGCUCGAUUGGGGCAACUUGGUCUUUAAACGGCCACGGCUGUUCUUGCGAUUGGUCUUGUACAUUGAUCUAGCACUGUCGGUUGGAGGACCGCCGUCGGAUGAAGAUUUUCCGGCUGAGCUGCAGAGAUCAGCAGCAUAGUAGCAUGCGAUAUAUCGUCAAGCAAAAUACCUCCCAAAAGCGAAAUAUUUCCAACACGAGCCUUCUGAUGUCGUGCAAUACGUUUGUGAUUGCGUUCAUAAACCAGUCAGGUUGACAGGCUAAGGAGGCUCAAGUGAUUGAUCCAUCUG